AUGUCCAAGCCUGUUGACCUUCAGUUCUUGGCCACUGCGUUGGACUCCUGUGAGACAGCCUGGUUUGACGAGGGCGAUGUUUCCAAAGACGGGGACUCGGAGCUCUUGAGAGACUUGAGAAGGAAGCACCGGACCAGGAUCUGUUCCAGCCCAGUGGACAUGGAGGCUCAGACGGUCUCUGGAGUCAAGUCGCAGCACACCAGGAACACCUUUCACACUGAUUCACCUCUUCAGGUGCAACAUGCUUCUCCUCUUCGUUGCAGUUAUGAUGCCACCUAUGGGUUUGCCUGUGUAAAUGCGGAUCAGGGGAGCAGGAGCUGUGAAGAUUACAGAGUCCGGUUUACAUGCCCGAAGGAGUUCUGCCAAGUGUCCGAGCAGUGUCGGACACAGUGGCUGAACAGUGACAACCCGUCAGAGGAGGGUGAUGUGGAGUCCAUACCGAGACUGCUGAGAACUUAUCCCGGGCAGGUCUGCAGAAACCCAAUCAGCAUUGAGGCCAAGACCACGGGCGGAAUAUCAGCCCAACACACUGGAGACAUCUUCCUCUCCUAUGAUGCUACUUUUGGUUUUGCAUGCAUCAACAAGAAACAGGCAUGUAAAAAAUGUGAAGAUUACCAGGUGAUACUGACGUGCCCCUCAGAUUUCUGUCAGGGCUGCAGGACACGCUGGUUCAACAUGGACAAUCCCACGAAGCGGGGGGAUUAUGAGACCCUCCUCCGGCUGAAGAUGCUCUAUCCCAGUCAGGUCUGCUCCCAGCCUGUGGCCAUCGAAGCCAUGACAGUGUCUGAUGUCCCAGCGCAUGAGACCGGGGAUGUUUUCCAAGUAUAUGAUGCCAGUCGUGGCUUUGCCUGUGUGAAUGCUGAGCAGCCUGGCGGAAACCUCUGUCAAGACUACAAGGUCCGCUUCACGUGCCCGGUGGCCUUCUGCUCCGUGUGAACUGCCAGUGGUCGACGUUUUUAGAGGGAUUUGCUGUUGCUGCGGGAUGUGCAGCCAAGACAACGUGGCAAAACAUCAACCUGUUCAGUGUGUUGUGUAUCGUAGGAUGAUGGACAAGAGGAAAAACAGACAUUUACUUGUAGCAGAGUAAUCUAGUUUGUUUCUAUAAUCUCAAUAAAUGCGUGUUGUCAUAAAGAGA